CUUAAGUGUCCAGUGAUCCAGAUGGAUUCUGUGUGAGGUUUUAUUCUGCCAGAACAUUGGACGAAACUUACAGUGACAAUGUUCUCCAGUAAAAGUCUGAGCAAAAUGGGCUGUCUUCUUUCCUUUGCAACUUUGAUUUUAUUGAUUGCAAUCGCUAAAAGGGAAAUGUCCACUAGGAAGAAGAUGGCUGGAUGUCAGAAAUGGGCCUUUCCUCGCAACGAAAGGAGGGUAAACUGUUAAAAUGGUUCCUAUGAAUAUACAAAGAUUUGCUUUUCUUGAGACACAAUGAAAGAAGGAAAAAGUCUGACAGCAAGAAGCUUCCAUUCAAACUCGUCAAUGUAGAAGUUUGGAAGCCAGUUAGAAGACGAUAAAGGAACUUGACUAUAAAGGAAUGGCAGCUAUGAACUGAUGUAAAAGUGUGAGCAAGUUCCUGACACUGCUCAAGGCAUUGGUGAACAGUUACAACAGACUAAGGGGAUACCAUCCUAACUGAUGACUGAAGGAAUCACAUUUCAAAUGGGAUAUAAUGAAGUGGGUGGAACUCUUGAAAGUUCCAGCAAGCCAUCAGGAGUAUUCCCUUCCCAGUUAGAAACCAACAGUGCAAUUCCUGAACAGAACAAUAGCAUUGGCAUCACAGUGACGCCAGAGGAUGCAACUGUAUGGGCAUCGCCUUUGACUGAGGAGGAAAAGAAUGCCAAAGGGACAAAAGAAAUGAGGGACUAUGAUGAUGGUGAUGAAAGUCAUAGCGGCCCUUCCAGUAUAUCUUCCCCAGAGGUGAUUCUUUGGAGUAAAUUGAGACGCAAAGUGACAGUCAGACAAUCGCCUUACUGGGCUAGAACUCAGACAAUAGAUCUAAAUGAAAACUCCAUGGCAACAAUCAAUCAUUCGUUGAUGCUUAUCAAUCACCUCCAGGAUUUGCUGUUUAACUCCAACUCGAGUGACAUAAUGCUGAAAGUGUACACAGGGAACUCAGAUGAAGUGAAAGUGUUCCACACUCAUCAUCUCCUUCUCAUCCUGCAAAGCGAUGUCUUUGAGGACCUCUUGCUGAAUCACAGUGUUACUACACUCGUUUUACGGGAAACUGCUGAAUGUGCCGCACUUUUCGAGACUUUGAUCAGAUACCUGUACUGUGGCAAAAUAACCAUCCUUUUGAGUCAAGUUGUCCCUCUACAUAAAUUAGCCAGCAAGUACCAUGUCACUGCCCUACAGCAUGGCAUUAUUGAGUAUAUGAGCAAACAACUUGCCAGUGCAUCUCCCCGGGGGCACGUGGUCAGCUGGUACCACUAUUCACUCAGAAUAGGAGACAAAAACCUGCAGGAGAGUUGCAUGCGGUUCCUGGCUUGGAAUAUGUCCACUGUCAUUCACAGCAAAGAGUGGCAAACCAUUAGUGAUGACUUGAUGAUCUCAUUGCUUCAACGCUCUGAUCUGGUUGUGGAGAACGAACUAGAGAUUUACUAUGGAGUUGAAGAGUGGAUUAAGAAAAAUCAGCCCGAUAUUCUGGUGACAGAAACAGUCCUUAAGUUAAUUCGUUAUACUAUGAUCAGCCCCCAAAGCCUGUUCCAAAUUCAGAAGCAGUCCUCCGUCAUGAAUGAACAUUACAAUUCAGUUCAUAAUUUGUUUUUCCUUGCUUUCCAGUUUCAUUCUACUAGCCCCCUGGUGUUUGCCAAAUAUUUUAAUGUCAAUUGUAGCCUAUUUAUACCAAGAAACUAUUUGUCAAGUUCCUGGGGUUCUCACUGGGUGAUCAAUAACCCAGCUCGAGAUGAUCGCAGCACAAGCUUCCAAACUCAGCUGGCGCCUAGUAAUUAUGAUGCAAGCAAAAAAGUGACCUGGAAUGCUCUCUUUUCACCAAGAUGGCUGCCAGUUAGCCUGAGGCCUUCUUACUCUUACUCAGGCAAUGGAGCUGUCCAGGCUUUCAACCCUGAAGAAACUAGGCCAAGGAUAAUAAUCACUCCAGCUAUGAACAGUGCUAAUUUUGCAGGAGUCACUUUUCAGAAAACAAUCCUAGUAAGAGUGAAGAAGGACAGCAGGUCAUAUGUGAAACACAUAUAUGAUUUCCAUCAAAGUACCGAGGAAACAGGUGAUUUCCUCCUCCAGGCUGACUUCCAGAAACAUCCCUCAGAAUACCUGAUUGAUAACUCCCUAUACCUUCAUAUUAUUAUUAAGCCGAUUUACCAGUCAUUGAUUAAAGCCAUAAAAUGAAUCAGUUCUCUGCUAUAGUAUGUCUAAGACAACCUCAGUAGGUCAUGUCUAGUGCAUAUAACAAAGUACAAAGCUGUGCUAUGAAAAGGGAAUCCCAUGUUUCCUGAACAGCUCUCUUAAUGUACAAGGCUCUAUCUCACAGUGAUCACUGAUGUUCUAAAUAUUCCAGAUUAAUUAGUACAUAUUUAACAUUGAUGUAUAACCCUAGUAGUUCUUUUUCUAAAGCAAGUUAUUGGUUCACAAUCAAAUAUGGGCCAUAACUUUAUUAUGUAAUGUAACAAGGUGGGGAUGGGUCAAUUGACUGCAAUUUUUUCCAUCUUUUUUUGGCCAUGCAAGUAUUUAAAGUUCCUAUUAGCAUGCAGCCAUACAUCUCUCCAAUUGAAAUGUAGUUUAUCUGUUUUACUGUAGGAGUAAGAAAUCAAACUUAAGGUUUUCUUGAGUGAAAGACAGAGCAAUUUUAUUAGUUGCUUGACCUGAUUAAAAAUAAAAAGACAGACAUCAAAUACGUACACAUUGAUACAAAGCUAAAGGGAAAGUGUUCAGUAUAAAAAACAUACAAUUUUAAACUCCCUAAGAUGUCCUUGAGCUAUAAGGUUUUAACCUGAGACCAAAGUUAAUUAGUGGUGACCUGGAAUAACAAUAGUAGUGGAUAUUGCAAUUAUCUUUAAGAUAUUUCUCUCCAGUUUGUGUUCUCACUGAGCGUUUUCCCUCCUGAGAAACAAGAGAGAGACAACUUCUCAAAGUUCUGUUAUGCAGUCAUAAAUCCAUCUCCCCUGCUCUGGCAAAAGCAGUUCCUUGGAUUACAAGUUGUUUUGUAUAUGCUGUCUGUGAAAAUUAACAUUCUUUUUUUUUGCUAAUUGUAAGCAAGGAUUUUUUUCCAAUAUGUGAAAAUUACCAUUAAAAAGUCUAAAUCAAAAUAGGAGGAGACAUAGGCCUUUUCAAACUGACUUGUUUCAUGCCUUUUGAUGAAAUGCUAAUUUUUUUUCUGAUUGUCUCUGUUUAUUUCACCUUGUUUUCAUUAAGCUUGGCCAACCUAUGGUCAGGUGAUUACUGUGGAGCAAGUUAGGUGGAUUGUCAGUGUUUUUCCCUUUUUAAAACCAUUUCAGUUCAUGACGGUCCCAAGUAUUAAAAUGAGAUGAUGAAAUUCAAGAGUAGAGAGGUGCUGCAAAAUCAUAAUAGGUCAGGCAGCAUCCGAGAA